AUGCUUACUCUGCUCCCGUCACCUGUGGCCAACUCCAGACACAUGACGGUGAGCGGCUUCUGGGAAUGGUGCUUGCACCUCAGGCAGACGGCGGCAUCUUAUGGACGCGAACCCAUCUUCAUCAACAUUGAUGAGUCCUCGAUGCUUCAGUUUUGCAAAGCCAAGCGAGGGGUUUGCAUCCGGCGUUCUGAUUGGCCUGCUGGAAAAGUACCCUGUGGGCCUCGGAAGCCGCCCCGCAACACGGCGACACUGCUGGCCAUGAUAUCAAGCGAAGGCACGCUGCAGAAGUGCCUCCCUCAAAUCCUCAUUGGCAACGAGCGGUGCUUUCCGCGACGGUUGCUAUUGAGUGCCCAAACAGCGUCAGCAGCCACAACUGUACAGUAUUGGCGGCGGAAGUCUUCGUGGGUUAAUGGCCCGGUCAUGGUUCAGGCUCUGGAGGAGUUGGCCAAGGCGCUGGGACCACUGCGCCUGUCGGACAGCAAGCCGAUUGUCAUCGUAUGGGAUUGCUGCCGCGUUCACUUGACAGAAGAAGUUUUGACAGCAUGUAAAAGGUUGCAUUUUGGGCUUCGUUUUGUGCCAACGCACAUUACAUCUCUUCUGCAGCCGCUGGACACUUGUGUUUUCGGCCCGCUAAAGCAACGAAUGCGACGACGGUACGCAGAAGCCAUGCGCGGCAGCGGCUGCGUCUCAGUGGCGCAGUGGCUACAGCUCUUGCAAGAAGUGACAGUGACGAUGCUAUCAGAACGAAGCUGGCAGAAGUCAUUUCGUUCGGUAGGCAUCUCCGGCUCAGCGCCUCUCAGCGCAGACCUCCAGCAUUUGGGCAUCGAGUACCCGUUGCCAGAGCCUGGACGUGUGCUUUCUUUGGCUUCUGCCUCCGGGCAGCGACAGCAAGUGUGA